GACGGGGUAUUCGCAAUUGGCGACGGGGCAUUUGUGAUGCAUUGUAGAAUGGCCCUAAACAGUCUGCAGUCCUAAGUUCUCUAACAUCAUGGACGCAGGCUUUUCAGCAAUUGAAUAACAAGUGAAGAAAGAAUCGUGCUUUGUGUCAUCUCUCACACAGCUGAUCGAUAUGUUGACGUCCUUACGUCGAGCUUGCGAGCUCCUUGCUUCAAGAAAUAUUAGGGGAGUGCAAACAACAGCAAUUCGUGCAUCAGAUCAGCUAUUUGUUCACAGAGAUAGCGAGCAUGACAAUCCUAAUAUACCAUUUGAGUUUAAUGAGGCAAAUAAAAAGCGGAUUGAAGCACUACUCGCAAUUUAUCCCGAAGGUCAUAAACGUGGUGCUAUGAUACCUCUAUUGGAUCUAGCGCAGAGGCAACAUGGCUGGUUACCUAUUUCUGCUAUGCAUAAAGUCGCCGAAAUAUUGGAAGUGCCAAACAUGAGAGUGUAUGAAGUUGCCACAUUCUAUACAAUGUUUAAUCGUAAGCCCAUGGGCAAGUAUCAUGUACAGAUUUGUACCUGUACACCAUGCUGGUUGAGAGAUUCCGAUUCAAUAGUCAAGGCUGUGACAAAGGCCACAAAUUGCGAAAUCGGUAACACAUCUGCGGACAAACUGUUUACAAUUUCAGAAGUGGAAUGUCUUGGCGCUUGCGCUAAUGCUCCAAUGUUCCAAGUGAAUGAUGAUUAUUAUGAGGAUUUGACUGCAGAAACUGCAACGACUGUAAUAAAUGCUUUAAAGAAGGGUGAAAGACCUCCACCCGGUCCACAGAAUUGUCCUAGAUUUGCAGCUGAUCCUGCUGGUGGACUCACAUCAUUAACAAGUCCACCACCGGGUCCUGGAUUUGGUAUUAGAUCAGACCUGUAAAAUAUAUUGUUAAUAGGAAUGUAGUGGAUAUUAAUAAAUGUAAAAAAGUUAUUAAUAAACAUGUAAAAAUAAUA